GGUUCCAAUCUCGAUACCUACAUGGAAGGAUGUUUUAGUGGAACAAAAAAAUAAAAUCUGGGAAGGCAUAAAGUUGUCAUUUUUGUUGCGUCCAGAACACAAAAGAAUGGUCUUAAUCUCAGCAGGAGCAAAAUGGAGAGAGUUCAAGAGUCAUUUGACCACCCGCUACAUUCUCCCACAUAGAGAUAACCUUGAAAUUAUCGAAUCUCGACCAAAGGACUAUCUUUUCAUUAAUCAAGAUGACUGGGAGAUUUUUGUACAAGAUAGGUUAUCUGACUCAUUUCUAGAACUCCAUGAGAAACAAAAAAGAAAACGAGCCUUAAGUAAGUAUCCUCAUCGGCUGUCACGUAAAGGGUACGCUGGAUUGGAGGAAGAACUGUCUGCAACUAUGGAUGAAGCUGAACUUGAUCGUGCAACCAUGUGGAUCAAAGCACGUCAAGAUAAGAAUGGAGGAUUUAAAGAUCCUUUAGUAGAGGAGAAGGCCAAAGAAAUUGCUGAUUUGAAGAAAAAAGAGGCUGAGGGAGAGUUAAGCACUUCUGGUUCAGAUGAUGUGUUAACUUUAGCAUUAGGAAAUCCUGAGCAUACUGGAAUAAUUAGAGGUGUAGGGGCAAAUGUGAGGCAAGCUGCAUACUUUAACCUCCCAAAACGCCGAAAGCAAAGUGUUGAACAGAGUCUUAGGUUAAGUGUUCAGAAAAUAAUGGAACAAGAAAGGGAGAAGAUUCUAGCAAAAGAACGAGCAAUUUGGGAGGAGAGGUUGAAGACGUUAGAAGCAAGGGUGUUGAUGAAUCCUAUGGUAACUGAAUCCCCCAAAGAUUCCACCAUUGAUAGGGAAGUUGGUUCUGGACAAGGAAGUUCAAAUAUGCAUGAGAAGGCUGCCAACGCAAUUGAAAAACAGAUUCCCUCCACUGUUAGAAAGUCUUUGGAUUUAGAACCUCAUGUUGAGGAGCCUGUGGAAGUUGUGAAUCCCAUUGAUGGUGUGAAUUUGAAUGCUAUUGAGAAGGGUCAGCCAAUUGGUCUCGUGGUUGUUGAUCUGGAAAUCCAGGAGGGUGAAUUUCAGGCACAGACAAUUGGGAAAGAGUGCCAUUUAGCUUUAGGUUCAACCGAUAACGUUGUAGCUAUUGCAACAGUUAUAGAAGUCAAUAAUGAAAACAACAGCCAGCUUAUCCAUGGUGUUCCAUUGGGCGAGGGAAACAUGCGUGUAUCGAUUGUACGCUCUCUAGUGGAUGAAGCCAAGCUUCCAUUUCCAAUCGAAAACGAAAUAAUGACGGUUCGUGAUGCUAUUGGGACUUAUGUGGCUUGGCCUAAAAACCUUAUUGUUUUUCCAGUAGAGUUUCAGAAAAUGGCAGCAAAGAGUAGAGGAAUGAGAAAGAGAAAAAGAGUAGAAGAAGAUAAGUAUCAUGAAGAAGAUAUAGACAUGGCAUCAUUGCCAACAACCCUCCCUCCCUCCCUUAAAGCGGUAUGCAUAUGGGCCAAAGAAACACUCACAAAUGGGAAGACAAUUAUCUGCAAUUUUGAUGAAAAGAUUUUUGGACAUUCGUUCAAAACAUGUGUGAAUAAAAACGAUGUUAAUAACUUUGCCACCAUGAAGGAAGUAUCGGGCAGCUGCAUCAGCAUCUAUAUGAGCCAUCUUUAUGGUGUGUUGAGGAAGUCAAAGAUGGUGGACAUGGUUGGAUUUAUGGACAGUACAAAAACUGGUGCCAUUGGGUGUGGCAAUCCAAUUGAGCGUUCCCGUGCAAUAGCCGAUAGGCUGAAAAAGGCAAAGCGUGGCCAGAUUAUUUUGUUGCCAUAUAACUCAGGUUGUCACUGGAUGCUGACUGUAAUAAACUCUGAAGAAGACACAGUCUACUUCAUGGACCCAUUAAAGAGGAGACUAAUUAUGGGAGAGUGGAAGAACAUUGUUGACAACGGCAUCAAAAUAUAUAAUGCACAAGUCAAAAGGCAAGGCAGAAAAGCAACUACCUGGAAAAACUGUGCGGGUAUUCUGGAGCAAAAGACCGACAAGGAUUGUGGAUAUUUUAUAAUGAGAUACAUGAAGGAAAUAGUGGAGGAUAAAAACUUGGACUUUUUCACCAAGUGGGAGAGAAGAAGUAAAGCAGCAUAUUUCCAGGAGGAUAUCGAUGUGGUCAGAACUGAGUGGGCAAAGUUUGUGGUUAAAACAUAUAUGUAA